CGUUCGCGAAAAAAUCACUGGGUUUCUCGUUUUGCCCCCGAAUUUCAAAACUGUUCAAUGUUUCCCAUACGUUUAAUUCCGAUUUUACCGGAAACUGGCCACCGUUAUCUUUGAAAUUUCCUGGAUGUGACAGAAUUUUUGCGUUAAAACGAUGAGUUAUCCAAAUGAAGAUCGACAUGAACGUGAUGUUGUUGGCGGCCAGUCUCGGAAUCCUUCCCAAGACGGAGAAAAACACGACAAAUCUAAAGUUUUGAACGCCAAUCCAGGAGUCCCAAUGGCAGGCCCAGAGAGUGGAACUUAUCAUAGAGCGCAUGUUGAUCAAGCAAGUAUCAAGAUGGGAAAACCUCUUCAGAAUCGCCCAAUAGCUCCAGCUUCAGGCUCUAUUGGAAUGAUCCCUAGUCACCUUGCACCUGGUCUUGUUGCUGGCACCAUGCAAGGAUUUAAUGCUGGCCAUCCUUUGAUUGCUUCAAUGAUGAGGAUGCCUCAGCCAGCCUUCUCACAUGUCCCUGUAGGAGCUGCUGCAGGGGCACUUGCUGGGGUGACACCCAGGAAUACUUCUUUACGUACCCCAACAAUGCCAGCUGCUGUGAAACCUAUGGGACACACCAGUCAAACUCAUAACAGUGGUCAGUCACAGUCACAGGCUCCCAUAACAACAGGCACCUCUUGUCCUUCAUCCCCUGGCCCAUCUUCUUCUUCUCAUCUUGCUACUGUCGCAGUCUCUUCAUCUUUGCAUCAGCCCAUAGCAGACCACAAGUCAAGUGAAAUGCGAGAGGCAAGACCAGGUUUGAUGACUGAUUUGGCAAGAAGAGGUGCAUCACCCACAGUUCAGGCAGUGGCACCAGCCCAUCCACCAGCUUCUACCAGUAACAAAGUCAUCUCUAUUGUACCAUCAGCACCUCUCUCACAGAGUCAUCAAGUACCAAAACAGUCUGUUCCCACAGUGUCAUCACACCAUCCCAUUUCUGCACAUGGUAGUGGACCAGUUACAGGUACAGGGACAUCUGUCAGUAGCACCAUUUCUCACAUGCCAUCAGCUGCUGUUGGCAUGUCUGGUCAUUCUCAAACGUCAAAAAUAGUCUCAUCAAACACAGUCAGUGUGACACCAGCUGUGCUGACAACAACAGCAAGAAUCUAUACUCCACCUCACAUUGCAUUCACGGCUCCAAGGCAGCCACCUAUCUCAAGCUUGGAAUCCACCACGAAUCCAGCAGCAGAUCAUGCAAGGUUGAGCAAACCAAGUGGGACGGCAUCUCCAGCAACAGUGUCAUCUCAUCAUACCAGCACUAUUUCCACUGUUCCUCACAUGGCUGGGCCUUCUCUCAACUCAGUUGUUGGAAAUGAAAGCCGAAUGGACAGAGCACAUCAGGCCUUGCCCCAGUUCCCUUACCACCCUAUGGCUAGUAUGGCAGGUCUAUUUUAUCAAGAUGCUAUAUCUGCAGUGCACCCAGGGCUUCAUCCGCAGUAUCACCAACCAGCCUUUGGCCCAAUGCCGUCUCUUGCCAGAUCACAGGGUGUGGUCACUUCUGCUGCGGCUGCUGCUGCAGCUGCUGGAGUGAACCCUAUGCAGAUUAUGGAUCAUUCAAGGCUGAUUUUCCAACCAUCUGCAGCACUUGGUGUUGGAGCUUCAAGUAUAGCGAACUUAACUGGGACAGACACGCCGGCUAGUGCUGGUAUUAUGGACAUCAGUGGUGCAAUUGCUGGUACAUACAGUGUUCCAAUCUUCAAUGUCCCACCGUCAGCCGGAAUCCAGGCCACACAGCUGACAGCUCCAAAUCCCAAUGCGACAUCUCCGCGGCCAAGCAUUCUACGAAAGAGAACUUCAGAAGGGGUGCGUAAACCUCCAAGCCAACUGCCGUUUGCCGCUGAGAUGCUGGUAUCAAAUCAGACGGAGGCCGCAGCCAGCCCGAGAUCGGACAGUACACUGUCUGCACCACACUCCACACAGAACUCGCCUAAACCCGCAAGUGAUUCCGGAAGUCAAUCGAACGAAACUGCAGCCGUAACAACAGCCAGUGUUACAACAACAGAACAACCAGUUGUCAAUCAAACCGCUCCCGUGUCACCGAGUAAAGUCAAGAGAGAACCGUCCAGCGAGGCGGCACCUACCCCAAAUGUGGCUACCACUGCUGUGUUGAACGGAAACACUCCUGCCGCCCCUGCCACGCCCUUACUCGCAAAUGCUACAACUACGAGCAGCGAGGCGGCUUCACCGAGGAAAAAACCACGAAAGCAAAAUGUUGUCGCUACGGAAGACAAGUUCGGUAGUAACGUUAACAUGGAACCUGAUUCGCCAACAGAUGAAGACAAGAAACCAAAACAGGAGGAAGCAGAUGAAGAUUUGAAGUUCAUACUACUAAAGAGGCCAAAAAUCUCCAUCGUUGCGAAUUACAAGAUCAACACAAAAGCAGCUCAUAACCAUUUCCAGCGGUAUUCUGAUGUCAAGGCAAAAGAAGAAAGAAAACCCUCCAUACAAGAAAUUGCCAGUCAGAAGGGGAUUAUACAGAGAGCAAACGGCUGGCGGGUCCAGCACAUCGCUGGACAAAUGGACGAGCUGAUCGCUGCUGAACAGGAAGUGUUGAAAAAGAUGGGAGAGAUCAGAGAAAAGAUUCCUAAGGUGAAACCGGGUCAGAAAACCAAAUUCCAGGACGAUUUAGUGAUGUUAAAUGAGUUACUUCAGGGUAACAUUCAAAGAUCGCAGCUGGUUGUUGAACAGCUUGGAGAUUCGCGAAAAUCUAUGAUCAAGGUUUUGGAUCACAGGCCGCGUGUAAUGGAUAUAAUUCAAAAACAGAUGAGUAAGCGAAAUCCCAAGAAGAAGAGCCAAUAACUUGAUAGAAGGCCAGGACAUCUUAAGACUGAGGAUAUUUUAAUACACUGUACAAUUCUCAAGCGAUGGUUUCAUGCCGGGCCAACUGUCAUGAAAUCUCUUCGGAUAUACAUAUGAAAAAGAGACUUAUUCUCAUUAUUUAACUCGUGGAUCUUCUUAUUUUACUUCUCUUUCAACAUCCAUCCAAGCCUUCUUACUUGACAAUUCAGUAUGCGCUUUGAAGCUUCAAUGGGAAGGCUUUAUUACAAGCCACUGUUCGUGAAACGAGCCCGCGCUCCUCCCAAACCAUCUCGAAAAGAUCGAAGACCGCACUCGAGUAAACGGCGGAAAUUCAGUCAAGUGGAGGCGCCGUGAAAAGAUGCAGCCAGGCCGUGAGAGGUGUAGGACAGCAAAUAAUGGUAAAGCCCGAACCUAACGUCCGCUGACUACUUUCGCGCCUCGACGUCUCUAUUCCAACAAACGCCCCGAAAGCUGCCAGCUACACAGGUUAGCUCUUUGAAUGUCUGUUUUUUGCGAGGUGGCUAAUGCCAAGAUGGUUACGGACACUUCUUUGGUUGGUCACGCAACGUUUCUUUGAAAACUUGCUUGGAUUAUUGUCGUCACGUUAGCACGUGAACCAGGAAAUCUGGGUCGGGAACAGGCGGUUGAGGCUCCUUGGUAAUCUUCCCGAGACAGGAAUCAAAAAGAGAAAAUGUAAAAUGUAAUUUUGAACAGCUGAGUUUGUCGCAUUAAUUGAAACUAAUUCUUAAGAAUCGUAAGAAAAGAAAAAAAAAAAGAAAAGGAAAGCCGUACGAAGCAAGUCACAUCACGAUUCAGAACUUUGUUUGCUUUCUUCUUCUUUUUCUAGAUCAAUAUCAGCAUCUGAGCAACUCGCACCUUACCAAUCCCUUCCCUAUCCCAACAGCAGUCAACUAAUAACAAGUUAGGGCUAGUGUGGGGUUGGGGGAGGAGGGGGUGGGGGGAUAGGUACGUAGUUGCUCACUUUGAUCAAUUUUUCCAGGGAAGUUUUCCUGUAAGUUUUCCAUCCAGUUCUCCCGAGUUGCCCAAAGAUUCCAAAACUAGUGUUGUACCAAAUCAAGAGGAGUCCAUGAUAGAAGUAGCUUAAGUUGUAAAAGGUUUCUCUUAUUCUUUUUUUUUUUUUUUUAAUGAAAAGUAACUUCUUAUCUUGCGCGUCUAUAUUAACAUAGUGACUUGUAUAUAUUACGUGUUGUCUGCUUGAGUUAAGUAAGAGACUGAGAUUGGAGAAAAGUGGAAAAGUGUAAACUUACGUUUUUUAUCUGAUUAAAACAAAAUAUCACAAGUGCAAAUUCUUAAUUGAAUGAAUGAAGCUUAUAAACACUUAUUUUUCUUGAGUUAUUUGAAAUCUCAUGCCACUCAAAUUUUCCUGUCCGAUCUUGUGCAAUGACAUCAGGUAUUGGCUAAUACAUGGGAGCAGAGGGUAGGUAAGGUUCAACUAUUCAUAAAAUUGUAAGACCAUUGUGUAACAGGAAGAAAAAGAUAAUCUAAGCUCAGGCUAGAUCUGGUAAAUCUACGUAGGUUCUCGUGCUUUGUGAGAAUAAAAUAUGUCCUCAAAUCCUCCAAAUCCAAGGGGCGGUGUGACUUCUCACCAGCACAAUUCAGUCAAUCCAGUGGACUAAAGUUCACCGCGGGAAUAUUAUGAUCUUGAUAUAGUAAAAGAUAAUUCUUCGUUCCCAGAGGGUAGGUCUGGCUGCGAGAUUAAGAAUCUGAUUUGCCGAUAAAACUAACAACAAAAUAAAACAAAUUGGUCACGGCUCCAAGGACGAUAUUUGUGCUGAAUCCUUUCAUGUUUGGAACUCUUUAUCAAGCUUUCUUAUU